AUGAUGAGAAAGAAGAGUCAAAAUAAAGGAAACACCCAAAAAUUAUAAGUGGAAGUGGACAUCAUGGAAUAACGAAUCGUGGGACUCAAAUAAAUAUUGCAAUCUCAAAAGGAGACCACUAAAGAAAGAAUGUUAACAAGUCAGGGAUCCACGAGAUGGUCAGCAGCUUCGACUAAUGUUCCUCUUAGAAAUUAUGGGAAGCACGUUUUAGAAAAGCAUAGGGAAGUUGCAAAGACAUUCCAACAGAAAAAGAAAUCAAGCAAAGUGCCAUCCAGGCCUUCCUCUCGUUCUAGUUCACUUUCUAAAUAGAGCAAGCAAUCGGAAACUUCAUCACAAUCAAAUCAGAGCUUCUUGUCGUAGAGUCUCCGCUUUGCAGGGAAGAAUUCAGCAAAUGAAAAUUUGAAACGAGCACUUCAAUUAGAAUACACUAAUGAAGUUGUCAAAUUCCUCAAUUCCAUUAAUCUUGAAAAACAUGCAGGAGUAAUACUUGAAAAUGGAUUUGAUGAGAUGGAGCUUUUAAAGGAAAUAUCAGUAGAUCAUCUCAAAGACAUGAACAUACCUCCAAUGGAUGCAAGGAAGCUAUUGAACCGAGUGCAAAAAAUAGUGGAAACAGAGGAAAGACAAUUGAUUCAAUCUUAAAAAUAAGCUUAGCGUUUAAAAGAAUCCUAAAGCCACAUAGAAGAGAUUGCUAACUCAGAAAUCUACGAUGAGGAGGAACAACAAAGAUUAUUUUAGGAAGCAGUUAUGGAAUACAGAUAAUAACAGAAAUAAUAGAAAGAAUUGAAGGAAUAAGCAAUAUAACAUACAGAAGAAAUAUUAAUUGAAGAUGAAUCAUUGGGUUACAUAUCAAGUCGAUAGAAUAAAAAAGAAGAAUAAUAAAGAAAUAAAAUGAAGUUCCUGUUAUCAGGUGCCAACGAAUGGAAAAUGUUUGAUAUUGAUUAUGAUUAAACUUAAGGGACUGAUUAAUAACCUGUUAUAAUUGAUAAAUCCUCUUGCUAUCAAUGUUAUAGAUUGUUCGAUUAAAAAUUUGCCAUUGGAAAUAAUGGCCGAGAAUUUUGUUCAAAGGAAUGUCUUGAAUCUUACAAACUAUAGAACAUAUAUCUCUGUCGAUCGCAGUCAUGUGCUAGACAAAUUGAUAUUGCUUAAGCAUUUUAUGAAAUUGGCUAAUGGUUCUGUAAUUAAGACUGUUUUAAAUAAUAUCAAUGGGAAAGUGUCAACAUCAGAGGUAGAACCCACAUUAGUUUAUGA